AUGGAUAAUACUAACUGGACCAGUGUGUCCCAUUUUGUGCUCAUGGGCAUGUCCACCCACCCAGAAGACCAGAUCCCACUCUUUAUUCUUUUUCUCUUCAUGUAUGCAAUCAAUGUUUCUGGCAACUUUGCCAUCAUCACUCUGAUUAUCUCCACUCCACGCCUCCACACUCCAAUGUACAUCUUUCUCAGCAACCUGGCCUUUGUGGACAUCUGCUUCACCUCCACCACAGUCCCCAAGAUGCUGCAGAACAUUUUCUCCCCUACUAAGACCAUUUCCUACCUGGGCUGUCUGGCCCAGACUUAUUUCUUCAUUUGUUUUGCAGCCAUGGAAAACUUCCUUCUGGCUGUGAUGGCCUAUGACCGAUACAUAGCCAUCUGUCACCCUUUCCACUAUCCAAUGAUCCUAACCAGAAUGCUGUGUUCACAGCUGGUGGCUGUGUGCCAUGUUCUCUCCCAUCUUCAUGCCUUGCUUCACAUUCUUCUCAUGGGUCGGUUGAUCUUCUGUGCAGAGAAUAGGAUCCCCCACUUCUUCUGUGACCUCUACCCUCUGAUGAAGAUCUCCUGCUCCAGUACGCACCUCAACACCCUAAUGAUUCACACAGAAGGUGUUAUUGUCAUCAAUGGUGCUCUGGCCUUCAUCAUUGUUUCCUAUGCUUGCAUCAUCUCAGUGGUCCUCCGGAGCCCCUCAGCCAAAGGGAAGUGGCGGGCCUUUUCUACUUGUGGCUCCCACCUCACUGUGGUAGCCAUAUUCUAUGGCACCCUCACAUGGGUCUACUUCCGGCCCCUUUCCAGCUAUUCAGUGACCACCGGUCGCAUACUCACAGUUAUGUACACUGUAGUGACCCCCAUGAUGAACCCCUUCAUUUACAGCCUGAGGAACGGGGAUAUCAAGGGAGCCUUUAAAAAAUGGGUGAACCGAAUAUGGACUUCUUGA